AUGAGUGCACCGGCUCAAUCCCCCGAGCAGCGCGAGCUGGCUCUGGUGGGCAAAGUGGAGAUGCGCAUCGCGCUCACCGAUACCGAUGCAAAGCUUGAAGCAAUUCUCAAAACAUACCUGGCACCUGUCCUCCUCAAACUCGGCUCGGAACACCAGAGCGUACGGCAGAAAGUCAUAUCCAUCUGCCAGCAUGUCAAUACCAGAAUUCAGCCACAGUCGAUUCAGCUGCCCGUCGCCGCGUUGGUGAAGCAAUUCAAGGAGCAGAAAGGCUCGCUCAUCCGCCACUUCGACUUGCUCUACAUCCAACAAGGUGUGACACGGCUAUCAAAUGCCGAGAAAGCAGAAUUGUUGCCCGUGGUCGUCAAUGGCAUUGCGGAGAAUGGCAGUCAGUCGUCGCAGAUCUUCUAUCUCCUAUUACGGCUAUUGGAAUCGUUCCCUCUCCCACCGCGUGGAAGCAAGGAAGACCUUGMGAUGCGGGAAAGACUACAAGUCUCCGAGGAUGAUACUGAUGUCUUGUCCAAACUCUUUGGCAAAUUCAUUCUCUUCACGCCGCAAAAAGGUGAAAGCAAGCAGUGUCCGGGUUUGACCCGGGCAGAGUACAACUUCUUCGCUGUUGAAGGUAAAGACGAUGCUUGGAAUCCAGCCGCUGGUGGGUUGAAUCUCCUCCGAACGAAAGUGCUUGCAGCUCGACUUUUAGCGAGCGGUCUGUUCAACGACAAGGAACGAUUUCUACCUGCCUUGUUCGCAUCUGCCGACUCUGCAUCGAAUAUCAGUGAUGUGGGCGAUGACAUGCUGAAAAGAGCCCUUCCUGCAACCGACUUGGAGGAUGAGACGUUGGUGGUUCAAUUGUUCGGGAUGUACUUUGGAAGCUCGGGUGAUGCAGGCGGCGUACCACGCGUUCGGGCCCCGUUGCGCUUGAAGAUUCUUGGGUUAUUGAACAAAUCUACGAAGAGCACAACCUUYGCAAACAACAUAACGUCUCUUGUUGCUGAUGGUGUUGCAACUUCGUCUCAAGAUGGGGAAGACGUCCUAAUGUCCAAUGGACCCACACAACAAUCUACCAACAUUGGCAGGGAAGCAACGAAACUGCGAGCUGCAAUCUUUUCCUACAUCAACUACGUUGCUCGGUUUGGUGCAAAGGACUCGCUCCAUGCCAUCGCGCCAAAGGUUAUAGUCAAAUUGCGAGACUUUAUCGAAAACCAAGGAUGGCCGAAGCCAGGACUAAACGAAGAUCUUGUUUCCCGAGCGUAUGCUUACGAGGUGAUUGGACUCCUGGCCAAAGCAGGCCCCAAAAGUGUCCUGAUUGAGGAGGACCGCCCAUCCAUGGAUUUGCUCAGAUGGCUCUUUGACUCGCUGGCUCGAGACGCGUCUGGCAACUCCAUCACUGUCAGCAUAGACGAGUCUCUCUCGACGAUCUUGGGCUCCAUGGGGCGUUUGGAAAUCAGCAAAGCGGAGCAGGAGGUACUCGAGGAUCUGUUAAUCGAUCAGAUGGUGCAGUCUUCGGAUCUAGAAGGCUCAAAGCGUCUAAGAAGCACCCGUUAUGUCGCAGUGCGAUUUGCAAAUCGCUGCUUACCAUACUUAUCCGUCAAAGCCCGCUGGAUAGAUGUCCUGGCAUCGGGGGCUGCUUCUGAUCGACCAGAGGUUCGAGAAGAAGGCGAGCGGGGACUCAGUCCUUACUGGUACCACAUGCUCAAUGGAUCAAAUCUCGGCGUAGAGACACCGGCCAUUGCAUUCCCAACCUUUGACAAGACUGUCGAGCAAUUCUUCAUCACCCAGACUCAAAUCACGAGCGACGAGCCAGCGGUUAUCGUGCGACGAACGAGAGAUCUCAACAAGACCUCUUUUCAAUUCAUGGUAGGCUUCGCACGUCGGAUGUUUGUGCACCAGGCGCUUGCGGGAGCCGAAAUUCCUGUCAAUCUGGACCAUGACUGGGAGCGUCGGCUUGAUGCAAUGGUCGAGUCGGAUGCCCCUGCAAGAACAGCCGUCAAGAUUCAGCUUGAGAAAACACUGGCAGCUUCGCCCAAGAUGCUGGAUAUCCUCAUUUGUGCACUUUUUGAAUGUGUGACAUCGGAGACUGCCAAUGUGGAGAAUCAUUUGGUGGAGCUUCUAGCACUCAGUCCCGAUGCUCUCAUACGGAACCACAUCCCUCGGGCAGCAAGUCUCCUUCCCGUGCUGAAAUCAAAUGAUCACGGGAAGAGAAUGACCGCUGCGCAGGCUGUUGGAAUCCUUGCCUCUCACCCAGAUUGCAACACGGACGGGAUUGUCGAAGGACUUUCUAGCACAAGCCGUGGGUGGAAACAAGCGGUCGGCUCAUCUCUGAAUAUCGUCCACGGUGCUGUUACUGCCCUGGGCUUUGUACUCAGCAGAUCGGCGUGUCGGGGCCAGAAUGUCCAGACUCAGGACUACUUGAAAGUGUUGUUCGAAAUAUUUGAUGAUUCUCGAGAUGACACACUCCACGAAGCCAGCCAUAUUGCUAUCGGGCAGUUGUGCAUGUUCGCCAGCCUCACACCAGAUGCGAUUGGCAAGUUCUCAACGGUCCGGGCAGUGUCGGACAAGCUCUACGACCGUGGUAAGGAAGGAAACGAAACUGCCAUUUUGUGUCUCGGUCAACUGUCCAUGAUUCUACCAGAAGAUAGCGAGGAUUUGAAGCACAUAGAARACCACCUCCACAAGCUUCAUGAAAUACGGCAGUCUGAGAUUCACUUCACUGUUGGUGAGGCAUUCAGUUACUUGGCUGCUGGGUGGAGAUCCACUGCCCUCGCAACGAAGCUGGACAUCGAAAUCAUCACUCCCACCGAUCAACUAGGACAGCCGCGAACGCAGACCCUCACCAAGCUGGUCGACCGCGUUCUUGCGGACUGCAACACCACGAAGCCAGCGUUGAAAAAGGCUGCUGUCAUGUGGCUUCUCUGCUUGGUGCAGUACUGCGGAGAGCAAAUCCAAAAUCGACUCGCAGAGUGUCAGGGCGCCUUCCGUCGCUGUCUCUCUGACCGUGACGAGCUCGUCCAAGAAACAUCAUCCAGAGGACUGGGCCUGGUGUAUGAGAAGGGCGACCGAAGCCUCAAGGACGAUCUAGUCCGUGAUCUCGUCUCCUCAUUCUCAUCCGACAAAGCACAACUCUCUGGUAACGUCUCGGCCGACACUCAACUGUUCGAGCCAGGCGCUCUUCCCACUGGUGAUGGAUCAGUCUCGACAUACAAGGACAUUAUGAGCCUUGCCUCCGAAGUUGGAGACUCAAGUCUCGUGUAUAAAUUCAUGUCCAUGGCGUCUUCCAAUGCCAUCUGGUCUAGCCGUGCAGCUUUUGGACGCUUCGGUCUCAGCAGAGUCUUGUCGGAUUCAAGCGUGGAUGGCUAUCUGUCUAACAACCCGAAGCUCUACCCAAAGCUUUUCCGAUAUCGAUUCGAUCCCAAUGGUGGCGUUCAGAGGUCUAUGAAUGACAUCUGGACUGCUUUGGUGCCCGAUUCUGCGGCCACAAUCGACAAGCACUUCGACGCCAUCAUGGAAGACAUUCUUUCCAGCAUUCUUGGCAAGGAAUGGAGAGUUCGGCAAGCUUGCUGUGCUGCCAUUGCGGACCUCGUUCAAGGUAGACCUUUGGAGAAGUACGAAGGCUACCUCGAGCGCAUUUGGAGUCAGUGCUUCAAGGUGUUGGACGACAUCAAAGAAUCAGUCCGCGCGGCAGCUGCAUCCUUGGCUAGAACUUUGACUGGUGUCUUGACAAGAGCACUUGAAGCGGACCACAGCUCUACCAAGAAUGCAUCGGCAAUGCUCAAGCACGUUCUCCCGUUUCUGCUCUCACCUUCAGGAAUGGAAUCAAGCGCGAAAGACACGCAAACUUUCUCAGUCGUUACUCUCUUGGAAAUCAUCAAGAAGGCCAAUGGUGCCACCAUCCGACCCUUCAUCCCCGAACUGGUCGAGCGUCUCAUCGGUCUCUUGAGUUCGCUCGAGCCUGAAGCUGUCAACUACAUCCAUUUGAACGCCGCAAAGUACAAUCUCACAGAGCAGAAGAUUGACGACAUGCGAUUGUCCAGUGUCCGAACCAGUCCACUGAUGGAAGCGAUUGAGCGCUGCCUUGACCUACUCGAUGACGAUACCAUGCGGCUACUUCAGCCAAAGUUGGAGAGUGCCAUCAAGAAUGCCGUGGGCCUUCCUUCGAAAGUAGGAGCCAGCCGUGUGCUCGUGUCGCUCAGCACUCGACAGAUGGUCAAGUUCAAGCCAUAUGCAGACGAUGCUCUCAGACUGAUUGAGAAGCUGGUCAUCGAUCGUAACGACACCGUCGCAAGCUCGUACGCUGCGGCGGCCGGCUAUGUUGCACGUGGUGCCUCUGAUAAGCAAAUUCUGAGACUCAUUAGCUUCGCUAAGAAAUUGUACUUUGAGUCGGAAGGUGAUCGAGAAUCGGUCACGCCACGAAGAAGCAUAACGUCUGGCGAGAUUAUGCUGGCAUUUUCGAAGCAGGCAAGCGACCGCUUCAAUGUGUUUGCGACAUCGUCUUUGCCAUUCAUCUUCGUCGGGAAACAUGACUCCAACGAGCAGGUCAAGGAACAAUUCCAAGAGACUUGGAAUGAGAGUGUUGGUGGUUCACGAGCAGUACAGCUGUACCUCGCCGAGAUUCUUGAGCUGUGCCUUGCUCAUCUGGACUCGCCACAGUGGACAUUGAAGCACACUGCUGCACGCACCGUGGCGGAUGCAAUCAUGGCAGUGUCAGCAAGCGAGGCUGAAAUGUCAGCAGCCACGGGGACUGCGCUCUGGCCCGCGAUUGAAAAGGCGCUGGGUGGGAAGACGUGGGAGGGCAAAGAAGUGGUGCUGACAGCCUUUGUCAAGUUUGUUGAAGCGGCCAAGCCCUAUUACAAGGAGCACGAGAGUGUGCGCUCUGCCAUUGUCAAGAUUGCCAUCCGAGAAGCAAAGCGUCAGAAUGCUGGCUACCGACAGCAUUCCGUCAAAGCUUUGGCUCGCAUUGCCYUAGCACGGACGGAUACUGAUCUCAGUGAUGCCGUGUUCGACGUCGUCCAGCCAAUUCUGACGUCGGAAACGGAUGAGGAUGCCAUGGAGAUUGACGGCAAGGAUGAUUCCCGGAAAGCAGAGGACAUCAAAGAAGCCACCAUCGCGGGUGCGAUCGAAGCGCUUUUCGCCUCGGUCAAUGCAGAAAUCUGCGAAGACGCCGCACUUGCGCAUAAGCUCUCGCGAGCCAUGCAUGAGGUGGCGGGCGUGAAGAAUGCCACAGGCGCUCCUAGCCUGCGGAGUACCUUUGAGGGUCUGUCCCGCGUCUUUGAUCGCAUUUUGAAGCAGCGAAGAGAAAUCAAGCUCGACGUGGCGUCGAUCAAAGACCUGAAAACGCUGUUAUUCGGGCCCAGUGUUCCCAUUGAAGCGGUGCGAAUGCUGCGAGCAGAGGCAAUUACGAGCAUUGCAAAGGCGUCACCUCUGCUCGGCUCCGAAAUGACAGGUGAGGUCCGGGAGCUCAUGAAGGGGGAAAUGUCAUUGCAGGUUCGAGACCGCCUCUCGGCAGCCGUCAAAACGACGUGA